GGGCCAGUAGAACGGAGCGAGCUGGAACGGGGUCCUGAAGCGCACGUCCGAACGCGGCCUUGCCUAAACCUCGCGAUAGUUCGCUCGCUCGCGGCUGCGCGGAUACCCACGUUUCCUGGGAACAGCUCUCUCGCCGUGUUUCGCGACAUCUCUUUCGAGAGAGAAAGAGAGAGAGAUAAAGAAAAUAAAGGCGAAGGAAACGCGAGAGGAGACGCGGGAGUGUCCGUUCCGUCGGGAAGUGCUGGCGCGCGCGCGUAUAUCCUGGCGAUACGUAUAUCGCAGCAGCAGGUAGAAACGGGAGGAAGCGAGCGCAGCGCGAAGGAGCGAGGGAGGAGAGGAUCCGCGCGUUAUACCCUGCGCAUCGGCGUGGAACUCGGCGGGGCCGGAUUCCGCGUGCCCUGUACGUAACGUAGGUGCGUGCGUGCGUGCGCGCGUACGUACGUACGUACUUACGUACGUGCGUGCGCGCGCGGGGACCUGUUGAUAGGUCGCGCAGGUGUACGAAGGUGUGGGCCCCGUCCCCCACUCCGGCUUCUCCCCCCUUCGUUACCGCCACCGCCGCAGGCCGCGACCGCCGCUGCCGCCACCGCCGUCGACGACGACGACGACGAGAGUCCGAGAGAGCACACUCUCGGUUAACGCACGGCGCGUUAUGACCGCCUGAUCGACGAGAGGAUUAUCGGUGGCACCGCCGCAUUGGCCGUCAUCGGGGCCCGCGACGACCGUAUAUGGUGCCGUGGAAAAUAAAACAGCGCAUUCAACGAGGAGAAUAACAAUCGUCGCGAGCGCGGAUUUUGAGUGAAGAGAGCGCGCGCGCGCGCGCGCGCAGGUGUUUGUGCUGCGUGAGUGCGCGAGAAUCCGUCGGAACCGUUGGGAUCGUCGUCGAGACGUCGACAUCGUCGUCGUCGCUGCUCCGUUCUCGGGAGACUCCUUCUUUCCCCCUUCCCAUCUCCCUUCCCCGUCCCUCUUUCCGCGCCGCUAGCGCGGGCCGACCAUCGGCGGAACACCGGAGAGUGCCCUCCUGGUUUUUGCGUUGUGGACCGCGCACGCGAGUGGUGCCAGUGUGAGGUGAGGUUACGCGUGGUGCACUCGUCAGGCCCCGACUUGAGAUGCCGUGGCUGUUCAGACUACGGACUCACGAUUAUAGUUAGGGAGGUAACGUGAGUGAGUGACGACGUCACGAUGCGCAUGUCGCCGCCGCUGGGGUUAGUGCUCGUGGCAGCAGUCACGCUGCUAGCAAGCGCGAAUGCUAACGCGGAGACGAGCCUACGCAUCGACCCGGACACGGCCACGGCGUUCUCAUCAUCGUCGUCGUAUCGCUUCGGAACGACGGAUCGGAAGGAUCGCGACCAGGUGAUAGCCGGGAUGGAGGCCAGCCUGCUCUCCCUCCUGGGCCUCGCGAAGAGACCGAGGCCGCAAGGCCAGGCCUAUAUCCCGCACUCGCUUAGGGAGCUCUACGACCGUCAAAACGCCAUCGGCAUCGCGGACAUCGCGAAGCCGGGCAUUCACGCGCGAUCGGCUAACACCGUUCGUUCGUUCCCACACAUCGGUAAGUUGGACCAUUCUGACCUUUACCCGGGUGCAUUGCGAUUAGAACGUGAAGAGACGACUCGCAUAAUUUCGAAAGUAAACCUACGCAAAAUGAAAUAAAGUUGCAUUAACAACAUUAAUUGAAAAUAAUUGAAGAUAAUCUUGUUAACUCAAUAACAAUAUCAAUGAAAUGUUUUAUUAGAGCAAGAGCAUGACGUAUUUGUUCCAUUAAUACUGUUAUUGAAUUAACAAGAUUGUUUGGAAUUAAACUUAAUAAUUAACCGGUUAAUACAACAUCAUUUUUAUAAUAAAGAGAGAAUCGAUGCACAUGCGAAGUCACAUUUGAAGAUAGCUCGCUUACGUUCCUUGAUUUUGAUUGUUUUGGAAACAGUUUAAAAUUUAUAUCGUUACCAGCAAAGUAUCUUUUUACAAAAAACAACUGAAUAACGCUAUCAAAACGGAAUUGAAUUAAUUCUGUCGGCAAAUUUAUACCAUGUUUCGAACACAGUAGUGUAUAAACAAACCUUUUCAGAUGUAAAUGAGCAAAAUAGUUGCAACGGAUUCACAAAAUUCGGUUUGUUUAUAAAUUAUUCGUUGACAGGAGCUUAGACAGAAGAAAUCAUGGUACAUGUGCAUUAACGAUAUAUCUCAGAAAGAUAUGAUUACUUUUGAAUGAGUUUGUCUUACUGUGUCCUAAAAGGAUGAACAUAUGCAUAAAAUCGAUUCUGUCGUGUGAAUAAACACAAGAGUCUUUACUGUACACGCGAAACGUGAAUCAAUGAACGAUGGUAAGAACUAGCGAGUUGGAAUUCGUAAUUCGAAAACAGGUUGGCGACUCUUUCGACUCUCAGUGAAAGUGCAGUAGUAAACGGAAUGCAAUGUGCGCCCGUUAUCAAUCGUCAUUUCUUCGACGUCGUCGGCAAACGUGAAUGACAAAUUUUCGAACUAUAGGACUCUAUAAUUCCGUACCUUUUAACAUAUCGACGCGAUGUAAAUUCUCUCUCGAACAGUGUUAUGCGGCUUUGCAGAACAGAUUUUCGGGAUCUUCGCUUUUGCACCAGUAACAAGUUAAAUAACGUCAUAUGUCGCCUA